AUGUACAGGAUUGUCCUGCUGGGAGACAGUGAAGCUGGGAAAAGGAGCCUAGAAAACAACAUGUUUGGAGAAGAUGCAUUUGUGGUUGACAACACUGAAUGCCAAACUAAGUCCAAAUCUCUCCAUGGAAGACGGAUUACCCUGAUCAACACUCCUGAUUUCUCUGGCCCAGGUAGAUCAGAGGAGGAGCUGAAGCCUGAAAUACUGAGGUGUGUCACUGAGUGCACUCCGGGGCCUCAUGCUUUUCUCAUUGUGCUCAAAGUGGGGAAAUCCACAGAGCAGCAGCAACAGAAGGCUGUUAUUGAGAAAAUAAGCCAUUAUUUCUCAGAGGAGGUUUUCAAAUAUGCUGCAGUUGUUUUUAUUCAGGAUGGACCAGACUCAGAUAAAAAGAAGAUCAAAGAGUUCAUAGAUCAGAAUAAAUAUCUGAAUGAUCUAAUGAGGAAAUGCAAGAGCCGAUACCACAUCAUUAAUAAAUACAACGGACAGGGUGACAAGAUCAGCAAUCAGUCCCAGGUUACAGAGCUGCUCAACACAAUAGACCAGAUAGUUGCAGAAAACAAAGAUUGGCGCUACACCAGCAAGAUGUUGCCACAAGGAGACACCCACAAUAAGGCUAACAACAGCAUCUCUGCAGACGCUCCAGACACAGGAAGAGCUGGAAGGCCAGCAGCAAAUGUGGAAUUAACAGUUAGAAGAUCCUUAGGUGAUGGUAGUGUACCAGAAUGGGUGAACAUUGACCUUGGGUGCUAA